AUGGCGAGCGAAGGAAAUGCGGUUCCUGCCCUAGAGACUACAGCAGCCUCAAAUGAUAAUACCAGUGGUAAUGUCAAUCGAUUGUCAGCGCCCGACCACGUGAAUUCCACCAACGACGAGCUGCCAUCGAUGGGUAUUCAACGUAAGGUUGAGAACCACACGGUGCUUGAUCGUAAUGGCAAGACGCAUCCAUUCAAGAGCCUCUACAGUGGACCCGAUGCGGCUUGCCGUGUGCUAGUUAUCUUCGUUAGGCAUUUCUUCUGUGGGAGCUGCCAAGAAUACAUUCGCGCCCUUUCGGAGACCAUAAAACCUGAUUUCUUGUCGCAUCUGUCGGUCCACACGUCCAUCGUCAUUGUCGGCUGCGGCGACCCAGGCUUGAUUGAUGCCUAUGUAGCCGAAACGGGGUGUCCAUUCCCUAUUUUCUCCGAUCCGACACGCAGACUGUAUGAGGAUCUGAGAUUGGUCACUUCUACAGCCCUCGGACCACGUCCAGAGUACAUCCGCAAGAGCCUGAUGCAUAUCGUCGCUGGGUCACUUAUGCAGGCUAUGAAAAAGAUUCCCAGCGGACUGGCGACGAAGGGGGGUGAUCACAGGCAGAACGGUGGGGAGUUUCUCUUCGAACUGAAAGGAGAAGAAAAACGGAUAACAUGGUGUCACCGGAUGAAGACCACGCGUGACCACACUGAAAUAUCAGAAUUAGCGUGGAUCCUCGAUCCAGAUGGACACGGUCAACCCCAGAAGGCUUAG